AUGUCAGUCCAAUCGAGUACAAACACAAUAUUAUUAGAAACCGUCGCUUUAGAAAUCGUUGAUGAUCACGGCAAUGUAUUCCAAGCGAGGGCACUGUUAGACUCAGGCUCAAUGUCGAACUUCAUUUCUCGCAAUCUUGCUAACCGUCUCACGAACCCACAAACUAAAGUUGAUGUAAGCAGCGCUGGAAUAGGACAGUCGCUGAAAAAAUUGAAACGCACUUUAACCGCAACUGUUCGAUCGAGAAUAAAUCGUUUUUGUACUAAACUGGAGUUCCUGAUAAUACAAGAGCCAACUGCAGAUUUACCCACUGUUCCCGUUCAAACUUCAUCGUGGCUACUUCCAGCGAUAGAAUUCGCUGAUCCUAAAUUCAAUGUACCAGGCAGAGUAGAUAUUAUUAUCGGCGGUGAAGCAUACUGGGAGUUACACACCGGUAAUAAAAUUCAUCUAGGGCAAGACUUGCCACAGGCAGUGGAGACGCCAUUUGGCUGGACUAUAUGUGGACCCACAUCAAAAUUUCCAUCUGUUUUCCAAACAUGUUAUCAUGUCUCCACAAUGGACGAGCGUCUGGAGAAUGUUCUCCAAAAAUUUUGGGAAUUGGAAGCCAUCGCAACAGACUCAAAUUAUUCUACCGCGGAAAAAUAUUGUGAAGAGUUUUACGCCAAUACUACUACACGUGAUUCCUCUGGCCGAUAUGUAGUGCGUCUUCCAAGAAAGGUCAACCCCGAGAUAAUCCUCGGUGAAUCCAGAUCCGUAGCUGAACGUCGAUUCCUUAGCCUCGAACGUCGAAUGGAACGAGAUGUCAAGCUGAAGAUAGAUUAUGUCCAAUUCAUGGAGGAAUACGAAACCCUCGGUCAUAUGAAGCAAAUAAUUCAACCUGUCGAUUACGCUGAAAAUCAUUGCUAUCUGCCUCACCAUCCCGUAUUUAAAUUAUCCAGCAGCACCACAAAGACAAGGGUGGUCUUCGACGCAUCAUGCAAGACGAUGUCUGGGUACUCGCUAAACGAUGCCCUCAUGGUCGGUCCAGCCCUUCAACAAGAUCUAUUGUCCAUUGUGAUGCGGUUUCGCAUGCAUCCUAUAGCUUUGGUUGCGGAUAUACAAAAAAUGUUUAGGCAAAUUUUUGUGCAUCCAGAAGACCAACCCUUCCAGCGAGUACUCUGGCGUUCGAAUCCAUCCAAUCCAAUCGCUACUUGCGAACUCCAGACGGUGACAUACGGGACAGCGUCCGCCCCCUACCUGGCCAUUAAAACACUACAAGAAGCAGCAAGAGAAGCGAAUCAAUCCAUCGCAGAAGACUUUUAUGUGGACGAUCUACUAACUGGAGCUAGAGAUGUCCAGUCCAGCAUCCAGUUGAUGAACGACAUUUCAACGACUCUGGAAUCUGCAGGAUUCCAAUUGAAGAAGUGGGCAUCAAAUUCAGUGGAGGUGAUGCAAAAUAUUCCACCCGUAGAUUUAGCAAUACAAGAAUUAUAUAAUUUACACGAUGAUCAAUCUGUCAGCACACUGGGUCUCGCGUGGGAACCCAAAACGAACUAUUUUCAUUUCAAGGUGCAGCUGCCUCUGCCAGCUGCCAUUCUAACCAAACGCAAGGUGUUAUCCUAUGUAGCAUAG